GAGAGAGAUAGACUGCGCGCGUUGGCAGGCAGUCAAGCCUACAGCUGAUUCAAUACAUUUUCAGCACUAUGGACAGUUCCAUUUUGCAGCGCGAGCGGACAGAGGGGGUAUAAAAGAUAGGAGCAGCGCUACUUAGCCUACCAACACCGCUGAGACAACUGAGGCAACAUGAGCCACCAAAUUGAGUAUCGGUCGGGUUCUCCACAUAGAGGAGCUCAAGAUGACUAUUCCCGCUAUCAACACAAACUGACCGGAUCCCCCUCGGCGUCCAGGACCGUUAUAGGUUUUGGGUCGGCUACCGCAUUUAUGAACAGAGGAUAUGCGACGACGCCGAAGAGCGAAUUCGGAUCGGUUCCGAGAUCGGAUAUCUUUUUAGAUUUAUCAAACACGUUUACCGGGGUGUUGACGAAAAUUAAUGAGAAAGAACUACUCCAUGGGCUGAACGGCCGUUUCACCGGGUUCAUCGAGAAGGUGCGUCAUUUGGAGCACCAAAAUGAAUUGCUCGAGAGGGAAAUCGAGGAAAUCAAACAGAAGGCACAGUCACCCGCAUCUCUGGCACAGGAGCACGAGUCGGAGCUUAUGGAUCUGAGGAAACUAGUGCAUGACAUCACCCUUCAGAAGCGUCAGAUCGUGAUAGAACAUCAGAACCUGGAGGAAGACUUCCUCACCUUGAGAGACAAAUACGAACAGGAGGCUCGUGAACGCUCGGAUGCAGAAAAAGGCAUCCUGGUGCUGAAAAAGGACGCCAACGACGCAUACCUGGCAAAACUUCAGCUGGACAAAAAAGCGCAAUCUCUGGUGGACGAGAUUCACUUCCUGAAGAAAAACCAUGAGGACGAGGUGUUGGAGAUGGUGGCCCAGAUCCACGAGUCUCAGGUGACGGUCGAGGGGCAUGCCUUUGCAAAACCCGAUAUCACUGCGGCUCUCCGGGACAUCCGUGCACAGUUGGAAGGUCACGCCGCCUCCGACAUCCUUGAGGUCGAGGAGAGUUUCCGUGUCCAGUUCACAAAGUUGACAAAAGCGGCAGAGAGCAACAGAAAGGCGCUAAAGGCAACACAGCAGGAGAUCCAGGAGAACAGGAGGCGCUUCCAAGGGAAGAACAUUGAACUGGACUGCGCGAAAGGAACGAGAGAGGCCCUGGAAAAACAACUACUUGAGCUGGAGGAGCGUCACUAUUCGGAAAUGAUUAAUUACCAGGACACUGUCAGGCAGCUGGAGAAUGAGCUGACUAAUGCUAAACUAGACAUGUCUGGCCACCUGAGAGAGUACCAGGACCUGCUGAAUGUCAAAAUGGCUUUGGAUGUGGAGAUUCUCUCUUACAGGAAACUCCUGGAGGGUGAGGAGUUCCAUCUGUCCACCAUCUCUGACACCCACAUCUCCAUGCCCUACAUCUACCGCCAGUCCCCUGUCUACACCCUGUCUUCCCUGGCCCGGCAGGGAGGGCCCACACGCAGGUCUGAGCCCCAGUACAAGUUUGUAGAGGAGAUCAUCACUGAGACCACCAGAGAGGUGGAGUCCGAGUUUGAGGAGACAGGCUCUGAGGAGACAGGAGAGGGAGAGAAGGAGGGAGAGGAGAGUGACAAAGCUGAGAGGAGGGGUAAGGAAGAGGAGGAUGAGGAGAAAGUGGAAGAUCUAGGUAAAGUGGAUCUUAAAGUGGAUGCCCCAGAGAAAGAGGGGGAACAGGAGGAAGAGUCUAAGGGCCAGCAGAUAGAAACAUCAGCAGAGGUUGAGGUAAAUGGAGAUGGAGUUAACACUAGCAAGGGAGAAAAUGUAGAGGAAGGAGAUGACAAAGGAGAGGAGGACAUUGACACAGGUGACAAUACACAAAGUGAAGUCAAAUCAGCUAAGGCCACCAGUGAGGAAGAGAAGGAAAAACUGGACACAACAGAGGAGAUAGACAGUGAGAUAAAAGAUGUGGGGGAGCCAUUAGAAAACGAUAACACCCCAAAACAUGACAAGUCCCUGCCAGAGAUUCCCAUGAAGGGUGACAUUUCCAUAGAACCCAAAAUGUCAGAGUCAGAGGAUAUUCAAACAGAAAGUUCAAUAAAGGGUGAACCACAGGUCCCCACAGAGGACAUCUCCAAAGAGCCCAAAAAGGUGUCAGAGGAGAGCAAAAAAGAAAGCCCAUCAAAAGAGAAAAAAGAGGUAGACCUGAAAGAGCAGAGCGCCCUAGCACUGGAGCAGAAGCCUGAUCAGAAGGUGCACAGAGAAUCAGACCAACUUCAAGAGGCAGAGAGUGCUGUGGCAACACACGAAGAGGAUCUCCCUGAGCCCACAGAGAAGGACAUGAAAUCCCAUGAUAUCACUGCUGAGCUGAAAAACAGCUCCACCAAGGAGACAUGGGGACAGGUGAAGUCACCAGAUGAUUCUGGUGUAAAAACUACACAGGAUGACACAACGGUAGGAGGUAACAUUUCAGCCAGACUUCCCAGCACAACAACUGAGUGUGAGGAAGAGCCUGUGCCACAGACCCCUGAAAAGGAGGUGGGUCUGACAGAGCCAAAAAUAAGCAGCAAUGAUGAUAGUGUAAAAUCUGUUGAGCAGAAUGAAUCUAAUGGCAGUGAAAAUUUCACAACAGCUGAGGAAAAAGUGAAAGAAUCUGAUACAUUCUCUAAACUAGACACAACUAUCUCCCCUAAAGAGGAAACAACCCCACAACCAGAGCCAACCGUCACCCCCAAAGAAGAAACAUCCCCAGAAAUGGACCCAAUGGUCACCCCCAAGAACGAGACAUCACCUAAAUCAGACCCCACAGUUACCCCUAAAGAAGAAACACCACAAUCAGACCCAACCAUUACCCCUAAAGAAGAACCAUCCCCUAAACCAGAACCAGCAGUCACCCUUAAUGAAGAAACUUCCCCAAAAUCAGAAUCAGCACUCACCCAUAAAGAAACUUUCCCCAAACCAGCCCCAACUAUCACCCCCAAAGAGACCUCCCCUAAACCAGAAACAACCACCACUCCUAAAGAAGGAACUUCCCCAAAUCCAGAACCAGCAAUCACGCCUAAAGAAACUUCCCCAAAACCAGCCUCAAUCAUCACCCCUAUAGAAAAAACUUCCCAAAAACUAGAGCCAGCAGUCACCCCUAAAGAAGAAACUUCCCCCAAACCAGAAUCAACCAUCACCCCAAAAUAUGAAAUAUCCCCUAAACCAGCCCCAACCGUUACCCCUAAAGAAGAAACAAGCCCAAAACCAGACCCAACCGUCACCCCUAAAGAAGAAACAAGCCCAAAACCAGACCCAAAGAAGAAACAAGCCCAAAACCAGACCCAACCGUCACCCCUAAAGAAGAAACAAGCCCAAAACCAGACCCAACCGUCACCCCUAAAGAUGAAACCCAAAACCAGAAGUCACCCCUAA